UGUGGUUGGUGGAUUUCGAUGCGUUUUCUUCAUUUACUGUGUUGCAAGGUUCGUUGCUUGUGAUCGUCCUGUUUCGGGCUAUAAUCGACUAGUUCGAUUAGAAGAUUUUUCUGUUCUUUCUUGUUCUUGUCACUUGCAAGAAUAAAGCAAUGUCUGUCUCCUUCCCUCGACAAAAAUUCCACUCAACAUCGCGAUUUCCUUCGCCAUUCUCAGUUUUGUUUUUGCGAGCCAAGCUGGGCGAGUGUGUUCAAACAUUGUGAUUUGCAUUAACCCCGCCCCCACUCAAAUGAGAAAAACCCAAAAUCCCUUCGAAGAUUGCAAAACGCGCAGCGCGACAUAACGAAUUUGGCAGUAAAUCCAUGGCGAUGGAUAGUGUCUCGUUUUUAAGCCUAAGAAACUCGUUGGAAUUCUUCCAAUACCUUUUUUAAAUUUUAGAAUAGUAAAAGACAAACUGCUUUUAACAAACAUUAUUCGUGUCCUGGACGUUUGUUUAAAGAGGAGACUUUAUCACCGGAAUUCUCCCUAAAUUAAUUAAGGCCUUUUAAUCCUGAGAUGAUCUAUGUUCUUAAUAUCGCAUCCUGUACUCCCUUUAAUCGCUUUUAAUUAGCUUUUCUAUAUUUUUUUAUGUGUAUAUGUGCAAAUAGGAAAAAAAAGAAAUGACGGAUUUAUUCUGGCUUAAUCGGUUUUGAAAGGUUAGCCGUUAAAAGCACUUCUUGGGCAUGAUGUAUCUGUGAAUACCUAGAUCGGUCCCGGUCUUCACAGUCGCUUUGCUCUGCUUGUCUACUGUGAACGCACUUACAAACUGAAACAUAUCGACGCUUCAGAGACGUGAGAUCCCCUUGAAAAACAGAGAUGAACGCCAGCACUGAUUCCGUACGUAAUCAUUCAAUCAAUUGCCGCGGAAGAUUUAAGGAAUAUUUUUUGGAGAACACUGUCAUUAGUUUGUUCUCCAUCGCCCUAAACUUGGGAUCCUGUCCUGUUAUAAUAAUGAUGAACGUGUUGGUGAUCGUCGCGAUUAAAACAAGACGCAGAUUACAGUCCGAGUACAACAUACUACUGGCUUGUUUAGCGGGAACAGAUCUGGCGGUGGGCUUAGUUUCACAGCCCUUAUUCAUCGCACAAGAAAUCCUCUUCCUAUCGGGUGCAUCGCUGGUUGAUUAUUGUGACUUCUUCAGAAAGACAGUUUUUGUUUUUCUUGUUCCAUGUAUUGAAUCGUUGCUGAUCUUAGCUAUACUGAGUACUGAGCGUUAUAUAGCCAUGAAGUAUUCUCUUAGAUAUGCUAGCAUCGUGACCACUCCCAGGUUAAUUGGCGCUGUAGUUUGUAGUUGGCUUGUUUCAACCAGUUCUUUAAUUUUCUGGUUAAUACCAGCAACGCGUUCCGUGCUUUCAGGACUACUCGUUUAUGCAACUAUUUUUCCAGCCACUUUAAUUAUCGUUAGCUGUCAUACUAAAGUCUAUUUUGUUUCACGCCGUCAUAUGAAUCAGAUCAAAACACAACGGCUCCCAAGCGAAACGAAGGCUAAGUUUUUAAAGGAAAGGAAAGCUUUGAAAACUACUAGUAUAAUAAUCGCCUUUCUGUUCCUUUCAUAUGUGCCAGGCAUUUCACACGGGGUAAUCAAACUUACCGGAGUCCAACCCAGGAAUUACUAUGAAAAGCAGUUACAUUGGUUGGCAAUCGUUUUUUUGUGUAAUUUUUUGAAUUCCUUAUUUAAUCCUCUUAUUUACUGUUGGAGAAACAAAGAUCUGCGUAAAGUUAUGAUGGAACUACUCAACAUCAGACAAAAUGGAAACUAACUUAAAAUGACGUCAUCGCACGUUCAAGGCUAUAACGACGACGAUUUUCAACUUCAUUGUCUACUCGAACCCUUUUAGAAGCAUCUCACAUUUUCUGAUUUUAUGUAUAAUCAUCAGUUCGCUUCGCUAUUUAUCUAAUCCUUGUAAGGUUGGUUAGACAAUCUAGUUACUUUGCCUUUUAUUUUAAGCUUUACUGGACGUUUUAGUGGAAAAGUCGUUACGCGGGAUUAAAGCUGAAUGCAUUGCUUAAUGAAAGUAAAACAUCUUUUGAUACAGCAAACCUUAAAAAACGUCGAAAAGGACCUAUAACUCGCGACAACUCGCGCCACCUCUUGUUUUAAACGAAGGUAAUGCGCGUCAGCUAACAAGUGCAAUGUAAAGUUAACUGGAACUCAGUACACUGGUAUAUACUGUAUGGAAAAAAGGCAUCGAAUUUGUGCACGCCUCCAAAUUAUGAUCGGUAAACUGACUGGCCACAUUGUACAGUUGUACCGUGAGACACAUCUUUCAAUUGCUUAAUGUUGUACACAGGUGUAUGGGGCUUUAUUUGCCUAGUCCCUAAGUUCCAUUAUUCCGCGCGGCCGAUGCGUUUCGGUUCACGUGGUCCGAGCGAGUUUUCGAGGCUCAGUCGUUCAUCUCGGUUACGUCACCAAAUGCAUUGACCGAGAAGGCCUGGGAAGGACGCCGUACAGGGACUAGGCUUGGACUAGGCAAGGGCAAGCAAGGGCUUUAUUUCAGUGGGUACACGCUGAGGGACCGAACAUUUCACUUUUGAGGGGGGAGGGGCCGGCCGGGGGUGGUUGAUUUCAGAAAAAAAUGUCCUGCAGACUGAUUUUGAGGGAAAAAAAUGCAUAAUACGGGGAAAAAAUCUUACACAGUUGUAUGUCAGGAAAAAAAUUCUAUCACCAGAGGUUUGGGAAAAAAUAAACGCGACAUUCAUGGCGCGCAUUCUAGUGAGGCUCUGGUUGGGCCGGGUUAACGUUGAAACCAACAAAAGAGAGAUUUAGCAUCACGUGUCCGGCAAACACCGAACAAUAUCAAACAACUGGAUGUAUUCACGGAUUACAAGAAACGUUUAGACAAGUUAAAACGCGUUAAGAAAGCGUGUAGCUCACAAUUCGGCUUAUAAAAAUGUCGCUUUUAUGUUUGCUUUAAGCAAGGAUUCGUUUAUAAUUAAUUGUUGGCCAUUGUUUGGGAGGUUAACGAAAUCGUUCGCGAGAGCUUACGCUUCUUUGACUUAAUAUAAUUUAUCUCGGUUUUACAACGGUAACAUUUUUAUAGAACUGUGGGUAAAUUGGAGUCUUGAAAAACUUUCUUUUAGACAUGUAUAUUUUUAGUUUGUUGGACUUUUCAAGUUUUCAUUAGGUAAAUAGACACUAAUUUAACAUUAAUCAGUCUAUUUAAAUUUGAAUUAUUAAUGUGGUUUUCGUAUGUCUUAAUCAAACGAAAGUUGCAUGAACCAUGCAUUGACAUGAUUAUAGAUUCAGAAUUAAUAGUCUCUUUAAAUAAAAUAAGUAAAAUAUACUUUACUUUAUAAAACAGUAUAGUUUUCAGUGCUUAAAACUAUUUCCUUUCCAGGAGAUAUCCGCAGAAGAUUAUUUGCUUUUCUAAUAUUUUUAUGUACUCAGUAAAAUGACGUGCGUUCUCUACGACGUUCACUUAAGACAAGAAAUUCAUUCCUCCGGACAGCCAGCAGCGUCUGUAGUCUAUUGUCCUUAGAAACUGAUUUGAUUUCUUUCGACCAUAGCUAAUCAUUCGUUUCUAUAUCUCAGAAUACUAGAAGAUAAACCGCCUGGAUUACUGGUGUUCAGAACAUUCUGAACAUUCUGAAAAACAUGUUGGUAAUCGUCGCAAUAAAAACUGACGCGACGUAGGUUACAGUCCGAAUACCACAUAAUGCUGGUUUGUUUAGCAGGAACAGAUCUGGGGGUGGGCUUAGUUUCACAGUCAUUAUUCAUCGCGCAAGAAAUCCUCUUCCUGUCGGGUGCAUCGCUGGUUGAUUAUCGUAACUUCUACAGAAAGACAGUUUUUGAUUUUCUUGUUCCAUGUAUUGAAUCGUUGAUAAUUUUAGCUAUACUGAGUACUGAGCGUUAUAUAGCCAUGAAGUAUUCUCUUAGAUAUGCUAGCAUCGUGACCACUUCCAGGUCAAUUGGCGCUGUAGUUUGUUGUUGGCUUAUUUUUCUCGUUUAUAUCGGGAAUACGCGGCACCGUGCUCCCAGGACGCCUUGCUUACGUACUUAGUAUUCCAGCAAUUUUAAUAAAAUGUGUUUUGUCAUACUAAAGUUUAUUUUGUUUCACGCCGUCAUAUGAAUCAGAUCACAAGUCAACAGUUUCCAAGCAUAACGAAGGCCAAAUUCCUGGAGGAAAGGAAAGCAUUGAAAACUACCAGUAUAAUAUUCGCUAUUCUGUUCCUUUCAAAUAUGCCAGGCAUUUUGCACGGGGUGUGCAAGCCAUGAAUUUCUAUGAAAAGCAGUUAAAUUGGUUGCCGAUCGAUUUUUUAAUGCAUUUUUUUGAACUCGUUCUUUAAUCCUCUUAUUUACUGCUGGAGAAACAAAGAUCUAAGUGAAGGUAUGAUGAAACUGAUCAAGGUCAGACAAAAUGGAAACUAACUUGAAGACAUCACUGCUUGUUCAAAGGGAUAAAGAAGAGGCCAUUCAACUCCAUAUUGUUUAUUUUUUGGGUAAUAUUGGCCUCUUUUUGUAUUGAUAUAUAAAGAUGUUUCCGAACGUUGCAUCCUGAAACAGCUUUGAGGGCUAGAAACUAAAAACGAGGUUGACUUGGAUGACUUUCUAUUGCGUCCUCUUAAAGUCAGUGUUACGUUGCUAUUAUCACGAAGGCCCUUACAGCGAUCAUUAAUGCUUGGAAAGCAGCACGUGUAAUUCCCUUGCCUUCAAAAGGGAAAGAGGGAGUGUAUGAAUAGCUAUAGGUCCAUUGUUAUUUUACCGACAGUUUCUAAACUGCUGGAGAGCGCUGUGUAUGUGAUUACUUACGAAAGCAUAUUAACAUUUUGAGCCCACAUCAGUGUGGCUUCAGGACUUUAAGGGUCGAUCCACCAAGCGUGUAUAUGAGUUCAAUUUUUUAGGGGUUGUAUUUGAUAACCAUAUUACUUGGAAUUCCCAUGUUAAGUAAGUGUUAUCCCGAGCUGAUAAAAGAGUGGACGUAUCAGGGGAAUACUAGGACUCGUCUGGGGAAGUGUCACAUCAGACUGCGCUAAUUCCAUUUACACAGCUUAUAUUCGUCCUGUCAUGGGCUAUCAUUGUGACACCGUGUGGAAUUGCUGCGCGGAGUAGGUAACAGCGCGUCACUGGAGAGCUGUGUAGUUCAAACACGUGCCGCUAAAAUUGUUUUAAAAUCGGUGACAGUGAAAAAGCUUUAGACGAGAGAACCAUGUUAAUGAACUUGUCAGUUAAAAGAUGCCUAGUAACUGUCCACAAUUCCUCUAAAACUAUUUCACUUUUCACUGCUCCGUACACGAUCGCACUACUAGGCAAAUUAAUAGGCUGCACUCCCUUCCCCCUCCCCCCUCAUUCCUUUUUUUUUUUGCUGUCGUCCCAACUUUCUCGACGAACUCGCGCGGAAACGCUUGCUAUGCAGGCUAAGAAAGAAGCAAAUGAUUUGAAGAAAGUCUACAAGGAAGUGAUUGCGUUAAGAACUUAGAAAUAUUUUGAAUGAAUAAAAAACAAUUAUUGAAUUCGGCUUUUGUAAGGUAGAAAGAAUUAUACAAAAAUUCUUCGUAUCAUGUUCAUUAUGCGCCUUCUCUGCGAACCGUAGAAUAUACUGAUUACAUCACAGUUCCCGGCCAUGAACAUAUUAAUUUUACAUUUCUGUCUUGAAUGGCAGUUCCCGGCCAUGAACAUACUAAUCUUAAUUGACAUUUUCUGUUUUGAAUGGCAGUUCCUAGCCGUGAACAUAUCAAUUUUUUUUCUGCUUUUAUUUAACUUUUACUUUUAUUUUCAUUUCAUAAUAAAAAUGUUUUGUUUUGUCUUGAAAAUAAUAAUAAUAAAAAGAGUCUAUUUUCAAUUCAAUAGAAAAGAAAAUAACUUUGCGUUUUACUUUCACUUCAUUUUAAACUCAAAAUAAUUAAAGUUCAAUCUAAAAUUAACAAAUUUAUGUCGUUUUGACGAAUGGCAGUUGUCGGCCACCAUACACCUGUAGUCUAUUGAAAGCCGCGUUGGACAGUGUCUAGUUUUUAAGUCAUAGCAACUCUAACUUUAAUUUGUUUUCUUCCAAUCAUUUUUCUAUACCUGCUUGAAAAAUGUGACUUAUUGGUAUCCAGAACAUUCGUUUGAAGAGAAGAUCUAGCACCGAAAUUGUACUUCAAUUUAUUACGAAUUUUCAUUUAUUAUCACAUGAAACACUGCCUUAAUAACAUUUAAUUCCCUCUUUGUUAUCACAAGAAUUUCAUUGCAAGUGUAUAUGUUCAAAGAGUAAAUAAAAAAACGGUGAAGGGUUUGUUCCAGCCCAAUAUUUUUAAGCCGUUAAAACCACUUCUCAAGCCGUUAAAAACACUCCUUGGAAUAAAUAUGUAUCGAUCGAUUAAGGUCUCGGUAAAGGAAAACGAGGUGCCCACAGAAAAAAAUUCUAGUCGCGCGAGUAUUUUCGCUACAAAGGCAAGUUACAUAUCAAAUUAAAGCUACAAGACUAAAUUACCUUAUAAAAGAUUUUAUUUCAUCGAAUUUCAAAAGGUGUUUAAGCUUUUUGUUCUCGAACUCAGAGGUAUGGAGUUUACUGCUGAAUUCAGUUCCCUUUUCAUCACAAGAUGGAACUUUUAUUAAGCUGCCAUCUUCAGGAGAGAGACAAAUGGUGACUUAAUAGAGGUUCUUUAUAUGGUGAUUUACCGACAAUUUCAUUUUGCUCAGUUUUGUAAUUGUAAUAUAUACUUUAUGUGAUGUGUAAUAAACCAGGAGUGAUUUAUCCAAACAAUAAUGUACAACUACUAGACGUUUCUGUUAAUGCUGUUGCAUGCCGAGAAAAUUUGACCCAAACAAACAGCUUUGGCUUGGUUAAACAAACACCAUUAAGCAUUAAUUGUUUUGUUAUAUUUUCGUUAUGAAUUAUUAAUCUAAAUAAAAUUUUUUAUACUUGUGCGUUUUAAUCCUUCCUUUAUCCUUUACGUCACGUACCAGAUUCAGAAUUAAUCGUCUCUUGUAAAUAUAACCAAGGCCUAGGCCAAACAUCGAACUUUUCAUGAGACGAACCAAACUUAGUGAGCUAAAGGCAUGAUUGAAAUGUUCGACGUCUGGCUCAGUUAAGUUCGUCUGAAUGAGUUUGCCGGGCGUCCAACACGUUCUGUCCGUCUGAAGAUCGUCUCCUGGGCCAAACGUCGAUCUUCACAUGCGACGAACUAAGAUAAUAAAUUAAAAGUAUAUUUAGCCUCUUUCGGGAGAAAAUUUAUUAAUGAUCUGAUUCAGUUGCCUCGUGCGACGCGUCCUAAAGUUCUACGUCUGACCCAAAAGACGAACUUAACUUAAUUUAGGUCGACACAAAUUAAAGUUUGUCUUUGACCAGUUUGUCUUUGACUCAUUUCAUUCUUGUCCUGCUUACAAGAAAAAUAACCAAACGCGUGGUGGCUUGGGUCGGGUCUGUCAACCUGGAUGUAUAGUUUACCGUUCCAUUGGGCACGUUGAAUGGAAUGAAAAGCGCCCAGUGUGUACCGCAAAUUUCACUUCUUAUUUUGGCAUUAAUGCAAUCGCCUAUUUUUUUUCUGUGCUGUCUUUCACCCUUAAUUGACAAAAUUGAUUUCACUCAGUUUUUAUAAAAGGAGGAGUUCAUUGGAGAGUUAAGAGACUUCUAGAUCGAUGGAUUCAUGGUUCAUUUUUUCAAUAAUCGCAAGAAGAAAAAUUCUUAGGAGAAAAAGAUCAGAGCUUAAAACUUAGCAGUGCCCUUAUCACAUGAAAAGAAAAACCCAUAGAAUAUUAAGCAAAUAAUUCUGUAUCUCCUUUAUGAAUUAUUAAAUAUAUUUUUCUUAUAUUUCGUGUGUUUUAAUAUAGCUUUUUGCAUUGCAAGGUGUAUUGUCAUAGAUUAUCUGCGUCAUACUAGUUUCAGAAUCAAUUCAGUAUCAAUCAUCCUAUUGAGUGACAGUAAAAACACAACUCACAAAACACAGGGGAGCUUUUAAGUGCGUAAACUGGUGAUGUUUGUUUGAAAAUGACCCAAUAUCCAGGAAGGAUUAUGUACUUAGCAUUUUUUUGAAGGACUUACUAAUUAAAAAUGAUGGGAGAUUUGUCAGUAAAGCAUUUUUAUCGAGGAUCAUUCAGGUAAACCGACAAGAAUUACCUUUUAUUAACGUGUGGCAGUGUAAUCCGUGGAUUCUGAGAAGGGACUAUGGAGCGUUUCCAAAAUCAUCAGGAAGAAUGGAUGAAUUAUAGUGACCAAUUUCUAAGCCUUCCGAAACACAUCUGAUAAGUUCAAUUUUGGCAUUUUCUUUUUUUUUUUUUCGGCUUUUGGUACUUAGAGCCAUGAAUGACUCAGCAAAAGAAUAGCUGCCCAUAAUUUUCUUUUGAGAGGCGAUUUAUUACCGAGGUUUGCUCUGAACUAAUAUAGGCUUUAAUUUUAAAUUUAAGGCUAUUUUUUAAUCGCUCGUUAACUAUACAGCCUUCCGCUUGUAUGGGUAAAGUGUGUAUUUGAAAGAAGACGUCCUUUGGCGUUAAUCUCUUGUAAUUCGUCUUCAACUUUCUUUAUUUAAAGACUGUCGUCAUUGUAAUUCUAAAUAUUUUGCAGAAAGGAAAUCACAAGUAAUGAAGGAUUUAUUCUUGCCUUAUAUCAGCUUUCAAAACUUUUAACGACUUUAGAAAGCCGUUAAAAAUACUCUUCGGUGACUUUGAACAUGAUGUAUCGAUCUAUCUUUCACGAGAUCAGCGUUCAGAGUCGUUUCACUCUGCUUAGUCGCUGUUUACUUAUAUAAUUACAAGUUGAAAAAUAUUAACUCCUUCAAAGGCAGUGACAUUCUCUCAAAAUAAAUGGGGAUGAACUUUAACGUCAGUCAGAAUUCUGCACUUAACGUAUCAAUUAUUUGCCGCAGUAGAGAAGACGAGUAUAUAUACAUUUUGGUGAACACUUUCGCAAGUUUGUUUUCUAUCACGGUGAACUUAGGAUCAUGCCCUGUUAUCAUCUUCAUGAACGUGUUGGUGAUCGUAGCGAUAAAAACACGACGCAGAUUACAGUCCGAGUACAACAUACUACUGGCUUGUUUAGCGGGAACAGAUCUGGCGGUGGGCUUAGUUUCACAGCCGUUGUUCAUCGCACAAGAAAUCUACUUUCUGUCGGGUGCCUCACUGGUGGAUUAUUGCCGCUUCUAUAGACGAAUAGUUUUCGUUUAUCUUGUUCCAUGUACGGAAUCGUUGCUGAUCUUAGCUAUACUAAGUACUGAGCGUUAUAUAGCCAUGAAGUAUUCUCUUAGAUAUGCUAGCAUCGUGACCACGCCUAAGUUAAUUGGCGCUGUAGUUUGUAGUUGGUUUAUUUCAACUAUGUCUUUCAUUUUCUGGAUAAUACCAGCGACACGUUCCACGCUUUCAGGACGUCUUGUGUAUCUUACUGUUACUCCUGCCAUUUUAGUGAUUAUGUUUUGUCAUACAACAGUUUAUUUUGUUUCACGCCGACAUAUGAAUCAGAUCAAAACUCAACAGCUUCCAAGCGAAACGAGGGCCAAAUUCCUCGAGGAAAGGAAAGCCUUGAAAACCAUCAGUAUAAUUCUCGCUUUUCUAUUUUUUUCAUAUAUACCAGGCAUUUUGGACGGCUUGUUUAGGCUAAUCGGUAUCCUCCCCAAGAAUCAGUAUGAAAAGCAGAUGCGUUUAUUGCCUAUAGCAUUUUUGUGCGUGUUUUUGAACUCUCUGUUUAAUCCGCUGAUAUACUGCUGGAGAAACAAAGAUCUACGUAAAGUUAUGCUGGAACUGAUCAAGAUCAGACAACAUGGAAGAUGA